GCUACGGUCGGCUUCGGCGACCGCGAAUAACCUCCUUAUAUUUGAACAAAGCGAGGGUGGCGGACGCGUCAACCUCUCUCUCUCUCUCUCUCUCUCUGUCUCUCUCACCCACACACACAGAGCAACCGAGAGGAACAACCCUUGGCGGUUUCCAUCUCUUCCCUCACCCUAUUCGAUCUCUCUUGCUCUCAGAGAGCUCUCGAUUUUCGAUCUCUUUGUUCGUGGCCUCCUCGUGUCGACCGAUUCCUGGAGGGGAGGUUUCGGGAUUUGGGAUCCGAUGGAGAUGCCCCGCCCUUCCACCUUGAAGUAUAUCAUCAUCGGCGAUACAGGAGUGGGGAAAUCAUCUCUUCUUUUGCAGUUUACAGAAAAGCGCUUCCAACCUGCAAAUGGCUCGACAACUAAUGUUGAAUUUGCAGCCAAAAUGAUAACCAUCAACAAUGAGCCGAUAAAGUUGAAGAUCUGGGACACGGUUGGCCAGGAAACUUUUAGAUCAAUCACCAGGUCCUAUUACAGAGAUUCUGCCGGCGCACUGCUUGUCUAUGACAUUACUAGGUAG